AUGUAUCCUUUAACUGAAAGUCAAUGUGGUGAAAUUAUUGGCCUUUACAAAAAUAAGCAAUCAGUACCAAAAAUUAGUAGAAUGCUCAAAGUUCAUAGAACAACUGUCACUCAUACCAUUGAUAAAAGUCAAAAAAUUCUAAAGACUAUUGUUAAAGAUAAUAACAAGAAAUCAGCUGAAGAAAUUAAAAAAAUUUUUGUUGAAAAAACUAAUAAUGAAUUAAUUUUCAAUAAAAUAAAAAAUUAUCAACAAUCAAAUUAUCAACAAUCACGGACCUUACCGCAUCAUGUGAUUCCUGUUAUUAUUGACACAGAUGGUGACAACGACGAUUUCUUUGCGAUUCUUUACGCGCUCAAAUCUAAAAAUCUUGAUGUACGCGGCGUUACUUACCACGGAAAUGGAUGGUCCCAUGCAGCUUCGGUCCAAAACAUUGUUGAUAUCAUCGACGAUAUUUAUUCUGGAAAGAACAUUCCCGUAAUACUUGGCACUGACUAUAGCCUCUACGAGUCUGACAGAAACCCCAAUACUUUAGGUACCCCAGGCUGUACUUACCAGAAAUCGGUGCCGGAAGGUGCAGCAGGCGGAAGACGCGAUUCCGAUUUGCUAUACGGUCUCAAUCGAAAACUCAGGUUAUCAAAGCGGAUAUGGUAUGACGCUAUUAAAGAUUUUAAUAUUACCCAGGACUUUGCUGACCUCAUAGACUCUACGAUUGAAGCAACCGGCAAGAAACCCACAAUAAUAGCCAUGGGUACAGCUACCAACAUCGCUAUGCUUUUACGUGCUUUCCCAACGUACAACACAAAAAUCGAACGAAUUGUUUGGAUGGCCGGCGCUUUAGAUGUCGCUGGAAAUGUGUUUACCGUGCCAAAUAAUACUCGUGCAGAAUAUAAUGUAUAUCUUGAUUGCGUUGCUGCCCAAGAAUUACUUGACUCCGAUCUGAAAAUCACUUUGAUACCCCUUGAUUUUACAAAUAAAACACCGUUUAAUCCUGCUUUCUUUGACAAACUCUCAACGCUCACAAGUUUCUACGGGAAGUUUGCGUAUCAACUUUUAAAAAUGAUUCGCGCGACAUGGCUUGGUGGUGAACUUGAAUUCUAUAAUGGUUAUUUUCUCUGGGAUGCUAAAGCUGUUGGUUUUGUCAAAAAUAUUGGUGUCGCAAAGGUUGUGUCAAACCGCACAUUAGCCAUUACCUGUACGGAAGACAAGAAUUACAAUGGUCAGUUUGUAGCGUCUCAAGUAUUGACCAAAGCAGAUCUUGAAAUUGCCACUGAGCCUAUUGUUAGCGACCUUGUCGAAGAUUCUCCAUUCUUCCAAGAUUUCAUUGAUGUACUCGAAUAUUAG